UCCCUUUCACACAAGCCACGUCAGGCUCUACACUCUGUAAAGCACAGACAUUUAUACUGUCACACCAAUAGUCAAAUGUAAAGCGAAUCCCCUUCUUGCUUCCUCAACCCAUCAAAACAUCACAAACACAAAACAAAUAGAAACCCUCACUUUUACUUUACUUCCCUUGCAUUCAUUGCAUUCCUUCCACAUUGCUCAGCUCGCCCCUGGUGUUUCUUCCCUUUUCUCCGCCAUGAUUUCCGUCUCCCAUACAUAGAUUCACUUCUACCUCUCUCACCGUUUUUUUCUUCUAUUCUUUCACAAAGUGUGUGAUUUUAUUUGUCUUGCUUUGGGUUGUUUGUUGUGGGUAAGAUAUGUACGUGGAUCCUCCGUCCCCGAGUUCGGAUCCGGGUGCGGGAUCCGGAGAUUUGCGGGUCUACCAAGCCUGGAAGGGGAGCAAUAAAUUUUUACUUCAGGGCAGGUUCAUAUUUGGACCGGAUGCAAGAUCGUUGGCCCUGACAAUUUUUCUUAUUGCUGCUCCUGUUGCAGUUUUCUGUGCCUAUGUUGCCAGAAAACUAAUAAAUGAUUUUUCUGAUCACUUGGGGAUGACCAUAAUGGCCAUUGCUAUUAUAUUCACUAUUUAUGUGUUAGUUCUUCUGUUGUUAACAUCUGGCCGAGACCCUGGCAUAAUUCCACGCAAUGCACAUCCUCCAGAGCCAGAAGGUUUUGAAGGUAGUCUAGAUGUUGGUGCUGGUCAAACUCCUCAAUUCCGGUUGCCUCGCAUUAAGGAGGUUGAGGUCAAUGGAAUGACUGUUAAGGUCAAGUACUGUGAUACUUGCAUGCUCUACAGACCUCCUCGAUGUUCUCACUGCUCAAUUUGUAAUAACUGCGUGGAACGGUUUGAUCACCAUUGUCCAUGGGUUGGGCAGUGCAUUGGGCUGCGUAAUUAUCGCUUCUUCUUCAUGUUUGUCUUCUCAACUACACUACUUUGUAUAUAUGUUUUCGCAUUUUGUUGGGUCUAUAUUAGAAGAAUUAUGGAGUCAGAGGAGACAACAAUUUGGAAGGCAAUGAUCAAAACUCCAGCCUCCAUAGUGUUAAUAAUUUACACUUUCAUAUCAAUGUGGUUUGUUGGUGGCCUGACUGCCUUUCAUUUAUAUCUUAUAAGUACAAAUCAGACCACAUAUGAGAACUUCAGAUACCGAUAUGAUCGACGGGCCAACCCCUAUAACAGGGGAGUAAUCAAUAAUUUCUUAGAGAUAUUUUGCACCAGCAUUCCCCAAUCAAAGAACAAUUUCAGGGAAAAGGUGCCACUGGAACCAGUAUUACCUGUUCGAUCAGUUGGUGGUGGGUUUAUGAGCCCGAGUAUGGGAAAAGCCGUGGAUGACAUAGAGAUGGGCAGAAAAACUGUGUGGGCCGACAUGGGUACUGCUCUUGAUCCUUCUGAAGGACAAUUAAACGAGCGUUUGGCUAUUAAAGAUGGUGAAUUCGGUGAGUUGUCCCCAGAAAUCAGAACCACAGUAGAUGAAACGAGUGAUCGUGGUGGAAUACAUCCCAGGAGAUCAAGCUGGGGAAGAAAAAGUGGAAGCUGGGAAAUGUCCCCAGAAGUUCUUGCCUUGGCAUCAAGGGUUGGUGAAUCAAAUCGAAUGGGUGGAGGUAGCAGCAGUUUGACCAGUGAAAACAGGCAUACAUAGCCACUCAAAUUAAUACUCUGGCAAAGGAUUUUAUUUGUUGUAAUUAAAUUAAAAUAUAUUACAUUUCUGAUGCGGUAAAUCAACAGCAAAAAUUAAUUGUAUUUGCAAUGUGGUGUUGGUUGAGGGCUUUGGAGGGUGUUUGUUAGUGUUGUUUUAGCCAUUGUGGCUCUAGGAAGAAGGAAUUGUUGUGUUGCUGUGAGUGAAGCUUUUCCUUUGCCUUGGGUUGUAUCAUACUUACCAAUUAACUAGUAGCCUUUGUCUUACCAUUUACCAAUUAACUCUAGUGUUGAGUCUGGAUUCU